CGGGAGAAGGGAGUCGGAACGGCGCCCAGCGGCUGACACCUCUGGGGGCGAGGAGUCCCCAGCAGCUGGAGCGUUCUGUUUGGGACCCCACAUGCACCAUGCUGUGAGUUGAGCCACACAACACAGUCUGAGAACAAGUCGCACCUUCUCUGUGGUCAUCAGCUGAGAGAAGAUGGAAGAAGCUUACAAAGAUAGGACUUCCCUGAUGAAGGGGGCUAAGGACAUCGCCAGAGAGAUGAAGAAGCAGACGGUAAAGAAAGUGAACCAAGCAGUGGACCGGGCCCAGGACGAGUACACCCAGAGGUCCUACAGCCGGUUCCAAGAUGAGGAUGAGGAUGAGGACUAUGACCCGCCGGGAGAAACCUACGACGGGGAAGCAAAUGAAGACGAAGGCUCCAGCGAGGCUACCGAGGGCCAUGACGAGGAGGAUGAGAUCUAUGAAGGGGAGUACCAGGGCAUCCCCAGCAUGAGCCAAGGGAAGGAUGGCAUCGUAUCUGCUGGGCAGCCCAAGAGGGACGAGUACAAGGACCGGCAGGAGCUGGAAUCUGAGAGGCGGGCGGAUGAGGAGGAGCUAGCCCAGCAGUACGAGCUGAUCAUCCAGGAGUGUGGCCAUGGCCGCUUCCAGUGGGCCCUGUUCUUUGUGCUGGGCAUGGCACUCAUGGCAGAUGGUGUCGAGGUGUUUGUGGUGGGCUUCGUGUUGCCCAGUGCGGAGACAGACCUGUGCAUACCCAACUCGGGAUCUGGCUGGCUCGGCAGCAUAGUGUACCUCGGGAUGAUGGUGGGGGCGUUCUUCUGGGGAGGCCUGGCAGACAAAGUGGGAAGGAAACAGUCUCUUCUGAUUUGCAUGUCUGUCAACGGAUUCUUUGCCUUCCUUUCUUCAUUUGUCCAAGGUUAUGGCUUCUUUCUCUUCUGUCGCUUACUCUCUGGAUUCGGGAUCGGGGGAGCCAUUCCCACUGUGUUCUCUUACUUUGCUGAAGUCCUGGCCCGAGAGAAGAGGGGUGAGCAUCUCAGCUGGCUCUGCAUGUUCUGGAUGAUCGGUGGCAUCUACGCCUCUGCCAUGGCCUGGGCCAUCAUCCCGCACUACGGGUGGAGCUUCAGCAUGGGCUCGGCCUACCAGUUCCACAGCUGGCGCGUCUUCGUCAUCGUGUGCGCACUGCCCUGCGUCUCCUCAGUGGUGGCCCUCACGUUCAUGCCUGAGAGCCCACGGUUCUUGCUGGAGGUUGGAAAACAUGACGAAGCCUGGAUGAUCCUGAAGUUAAUUCACGACACCAACAUGCGUGCACGGGGCCAGCCUGAGAAGGUCUUCACGGUAAACAAAAUCAAAACCCCUAAGCAAAUAGACGAGCUGAUUGAAAUCGAGAGUGACACCGGAACUUGGUACCGGAGGUGUUUUGUUCGGAUCCGCACAGAACUGUAUGGAAUUUGGCUGACUUUUAUGAGAUGUUUCAACUACCCUGUGAGGGAAAACACAAUAAAGCUUACGAUUGUUUGGUUCACCCUAUCCUUUGGGUACUAUGGAUUAUCAGUGUGGUUCCCUGAUGUCAUUAAACAUCUGCAGUCCGAUGAAUAUGCACUGCUAACCAGAAAUGUGCAAAAAGAUAAAUAUGCCAAUUUCAGCAUUAACUUUACAAUGGAAAAUCAGAUUCAUACUGGAAUGGAAUACGACAAUGGCAGAUUCCUAGGGGUCAAGUUCAAAUCCGUAACCUUCAAAGACUCAGUGUUUAAAUCCUGCACGUUUGAGGAUGUGACGUCAGUCAACACUUACUUCAAGAACUGCACAUUUAUUGAUACCAUUUUUGACAACACAGACUUUGAGCCAUAUAAGUUCAUUGACAGUGACUUUCAGAACUGCUCCUUCUCUCACAACAAGACGGGGUGCCAGGUCACCUUUGAUGACGACUACAGUGCCUACUGGAUCUACUUCGUCAAUUUCCUGGGGACGCUGGCGGUGCUGCCGGGGAAUAUCGUGUCUGCCCUGCUAAUGGACCGGAUCGGGCGCCUCACCAUGCUUGCUAACCCUCUUCUCCAGAAAGCCUCGUUUCUUGUCAUCAGAGAUGUCACUUUGCUCCUUCCUCCCUCUGAACAGUUGGCAGCGCUGCCACCCCAGGGAGCUGGCUCGGUCUGCUUUCUGGGCAUCUUGGCCAAAAGAAGAACCCGGCACUACUCCCCUGUGCCAGCUGUGUUUCCGGCAACAGGCUUUGGAUUCCUGAACGCACUCUGCAAAGCGGCAGCCGUGCUGGGUAACCUCAUAUUCGGCUCUCUGGUGGGCAUCACCAAAGCCAUCCCCAUCCUGCUGGCCUCUACCGUACUCGUGUGCGGAGGACUCGUGGGGCUGCGCCUGCCUGACACACGAACCCAGGUCCUGAUGUGACGGGAGCAAAAGUCACGUCUGUGCACUUCCUUCUCCUGCCCUGGGUCGCAUCUCUGGAUAGACUCAAGGCUUUGGAUUUUUCUUGUCUAGAAAAGUGGUCAAAUAUCAGAACACAACCUGUUGCUGUGACUUGACAUUUAGAUGCACAUCGUCUUCCCUGUCCAUGUGUUUUGCGCUGGUUUA